AAAAUUUACCGUAAACAUUCGAUAAUAGGUUAGUCCAAAAUGUCAAAGGUUUUGGAGGUUUGUGUUGAUAGUUUGGAGUCCGCAGUUGCCGCUCUUAACGGCGGGGCCGAUCGUCUCGAGUUAUGCUCCUCGCUCAUAGAGGGCGGACUAACACCAACACCCGGGCUAUUGAUUCAGAUUCAAAAUAUGAAUCCGAGAAAAGUUCCCGUGUUUUGUAUGUUACGAUGUCGUCCAGGAAAUUUCAUUUACAAGCCAGAAGAAAUGGAAGUAAUGAAGGAAGAUGCUAAAAUUCUCCGUAAAAGUGGCGCAGAUGGUUUUGUUUUUGGAACGCUCGCUGAAAAUGGGGAUGUUGAAAUGAAAUCUUGUCGAGAAAUAAUUAAAACGUGCCAUCCUUUACCCGUUACAUUUCACAGGGCAUUUGAUUUUGUCCGACGGCCUACCAUUGAAGUAGAAGUUAUUAUCGAUCUUGGCUUCCAAAGAAUUCUUACCAGUGGCAAACAACAAACAGCUCAAAUGGGAGUUAAACUCAUCAAAAAACUGAUCGAUCAGGCUGGAAACCGUAUAAUUUUAAUGCCAGGUGGGGGAGUGAACAAGGAUAACAUAAAAUAUAUACUGGAGAAUACAGAAGCCAAAGAAAUUCAUGGCUCUUUCAAGAAGCUGAGAGAGGAACCUAAAGAUGACUCGGUCGAUUGUGAAGCUGAAGUUGUUAUUUCUGAUAAAAGCAUUCCUAACUAUGUCACAGAUGAAGAUGCAGUUGCAGAAGUCGUGAACGUAUUAAAAUCCCUCUAAUUGUUGAAUAAGACUGGAAAACUUUUCUGUAUACGCAAUUUCUGUAUACACGACUGUAUUAAAAUAUUUUGCUGUUUGGCGUAAUUAAUGUAAAAACUAAUAAACAAAUAUGUGUGUUGAAUUUACUGUAUAAUAAAUAAAAUUAUAUUUA